AUACGUCAGAGAAAUGAGACGGAGACGUUACUAACGUGCGCCAGGGAGUCGGUGUGACGGUGUGGUGCGGUGCUGCCGGGCCAUGGCUCCCGCCGCCCCGCAGGCUCCUGAGGUCCAGUUCGCGCAGCGGCUGGCAGCGAACGAGAAGCGGAUCCGGGACCGAGCCGUGAAGAAACUGCGGGGCUACAUCCGCCUCCGCACCCAGCAGCCGGGCGGUGGCUUCAGCCAGGAAGAACUGCUAAAGAUAUGGAAGGGACUGUUCUAUUGUAUGUGGAUGCAGGAUAAACCACUGCUACAGGAGGAACUUGCAAAUAACAUUUCACAACUGAUCCAUGUGAUUCAGAAUACAGAGGCUCAACACUUGUUUAUUAAAACAUUCUGGCAGACUAUGAGCCGUGAAUGGAAUGGAAUAGACAACCUACGUCUCGAUAAGUACUAUAUGCUAAUCCGUAUGAUUUUGAGGCAAUCCUUUGAAGUGCUGAAAAGAAAUGGCUGGGAUGAAAGCCUAAGAGAACUGCUACUGCAGCUCCUAAUGAAAGAAGUCAUGGACCCAGACAGCAACACUCCCAGAGGAAUCAAGUUCCAUUUCAUUGAUAUCUAUCUGCAAGAAUUGGCAAAAGUUGGUGCAAAGGAGCUCACAGCAGACCAGAGUCUCAAGUUCAUUGAGCCUUUCUGCAAUUUCGUCGCCAAAUCUAAGGAUCCUUCUGUGAUGCACGCUGUAGCCAGUGGUAUCUUUGAGAUCAUUGUGGAUCAGUCCCCGUAUGCCAUUGAAGACCUAAUGAAAGAACUGGAAAGCAGCAGUGAUGAGGAAGAUGUGUCUGAAGAUGAUGAACAGGGAAAGAAAGAGAUGCUUAAAACCAAAGCAAACAGACGUUCGUCAGAAAAAUCAGCACAGAGUGCUGAAGAAACAGAGGAUAUACAUGAAAAUGCUGAUGAUAGCAUCGGGCCUGUUCUUCAGUUUGAUUAUAAGGCUGUUGCUGACAAACUCUUUGAACUGGCAAGCAAGAAAAAUACACCUGCCCAUAACAGGAAGCGUCUGUACAAGCUGGUCAAAAAGUUCCAGGAUUUAGCAGAAGGAAUCUUCCCCCAAGAUAUCCCGGAAGAUGUUUCUACAGAUGAAGAUGAUGAUAUGUUCAGCAGAAGAAGGCGAAAGAAAAAAGUUGUCAAACCUUCAGAGAAAAGCAGCUUGGAAAAAGUAAAAGAUGAACAAGAGACAUCAAGUGCAAAAGAGACAUCAGUACCACAGAAGAGGAGGAAAAAAAGGAAGAGAAGGGAGAGCCCACGUGCUGAUUCUGGAACAACUGAUGGAAAUUCUGAGGAGGGAAUAGCUGAAACAUCUGGAUCUGUUAAAUGUAACGUGGGAAAAAUGCCAGAAAAUAAUAAGAUAAAGAAGAAAAAGAAAUUGGUAGUUAAUGAGGCAAAUGAGAUCAGAAAUGCAGUAAGUGACACCAGAGAUAAGCACAGCAUCUCCACACCGAGUGGUCAGAAUGACACAGAACAGAGUAAAAAGAUUCAGUCAGAGAAAAUGAAACCAGAAGUGCAGAAUGUUCUUGGAAAGCUGGAGUGUCAAAAUGGUCCAGCUAAUGCCAAAAAAGCAGAGGAUGUCAACCCAUCUGUCGCACCAUUAAUUCCCAAGGCUGGGAAGAAGAAACUAAAAGCAGGGUCUGCCUUGGUCAAUGGGGAGAACUUUUUGCAGCAGACAGACUUGAAAUCCAACAAGGAGGGCCCACUGCCAAGGGCUGUGGACUCUGGAUCUGAACCCUCUGGAAAGGUCAAAUUGAAGAAGACAAAGCUGGUUGCUUUGGAAGGGAUCGAGGUCUCCAACCAGAAAGCAGCAAUCUUGAAAAAGAAGAGGAAAGUUAAAGAGGUGCUAAAUUCUGUUGAAACCAAUGGAAUUCUGGAGACUGCAUGCAAGAAAAGCAGAAAGGAGGAAAGCAGCCCUGCUCUGUCGCCACUGAAGAAAAAGAAAGCAAAACAAGGGAGUGAUUUCGUAAAGUUUGAAAAAUCAACUGUACCAAAGGCAUUAGUCUUCAGGAAGGCCAGAAGUACCAUCUCCUCCACCAGAGCCUCCAUUCCGUUGAAUAAACUGCAAUCAUCCAGCUCCAAAAAAGUCACCUUUGGUUUGAAUAAAAACAUGACUGCUGAAUUUAAAAAGACUGACAAAAGUAUCUUGGUGAGCCCAGAAGGACCCUCUCGUGUCGCUUUCAAUCCUGCACGGAAACCCCGUCAUGGAGUUCUGAAGUCUCCUGCAGGUACCCCAGACAAAGAGCCUAAACUGAAGAAACCACUUAUCGCACAAGCUAAGAAGAAAGCUACUGCUAGGGGAUUCUUUUAAACCAAUAGGCCUACUUUUGUACAGGACGUUUUGCUAAAAUAUAACAUUCUCUGGAGGUAUUUUGAACUUCUUUAUUUUUUUAAGUUAAUAUGAAUUGUAUAUACAAGAUUCUGGUUGUGACCUGAGACAUCACUAUUUUAACAGCGCUUCAGCUGUAUCUUGAAAUAUUUGUUUUGCCUAUUAACUGAAAAGAAAUAAAAUCCAAUCUCUACUCAGGUAUAGUCUACAAAAAUAUGGUCACAUAAUUCCCAAUAGCCUUUUACAUUUAAUUAAGGAAUGGUGAGGGUUGCAUUGUUCUAGGAUGGGUUUGUUUGGUUUUUUUUUGAGCCAGUUUAAGAAACCUUGCACUUCAUGCUGUUCAACUCUUUAUGACAGGUCAGGGCUUGAAAGGAAAAAGACAACAUAAAUUUUAACUCCAUUAGUUAUUUGUCUAUUUUAAAAUCUUACCCCAUCAUUGGCAGCUUGUUUCUUCUGCAAAUAACAAUUACCUCAUGUUUCUGCUUAACACGAGCUGGACUUGGGUAGCUUUACCCAACUAAGAAAGAUUUUCCAGCAAUUAUAUUUGUGUGGCUGCUCAAUUGAUGACUGAUACAAUAAAUCUUCAUAGUGGGUUUUCUGCUGAGUUGAGAACUCUCACUUCAUUACUUUUGAUAAUAAAAGUGCCAAAGCUGACUUACACUUACCGUAUGGUAAGCUGGCCUUUACUGUUAUUCACAUGAGAGAAAUCGUUGAUAAUUCCAGCUGGUCUCCCCACCACUCCAGCUCCAGUGCUGACUUUCCUGGAGGUAUCACAGGGAUCCUAGAUUUCUUUAGCAGCUGGUAUCACCACAUUUUACCAGAACAGAUCUCAUUCAGUGAAUGAACCACUGGUUGUAGUAAAGCUAGAUCAGCGUCGUGCAUCCUUGGUUAGGAUAUGCCUCUUUCAGAUCUUCAGUGCCUCCCAACACAGGGUAACACUUGAUAGUCCAAACAGUUUUGUUUUGGCUUUGAUGUUGAACCAGAAGAUUUCUUUCUGUAAUGUUUCCUUGUGUUACUUAUACUUGGAUUUGUUUGUUUUUUUUUUUAACUAAUGUGCAGAUUUUGAUUUUUUUUUUAUGGAACACUGUGUCCUUCUGUGAGAGACUGUUAUCAUAUUUCAAGGGGGAACUACGAGGAAAGGGAGAACAAUUAAAAAUUGUUCUUUUAAUAUCUUUUUUCAUACGAUUGAAAGACAUCAAAUCUUUCAAUUGAAAGUUUUGCUUUCAAGGCUCUGCAGCAGAUCUUUACAUAGAAGUUCAGCUUCAAAAUACAACCUGGUGCCAGAACAGAACUUCAUGAAAUUUCCCACUGUUUAUUUCCAGGAUCCCCUGGGUUAGAUGAAGUAGGGCUACUUCAGUACCUUGUGCGAUGAGAACUAGUAAAUGUUUUGCUAAUUCAGUGAGCAGAGUUAAAUUUUGUGGCAUAAUACAUUUGCAUUGCUGAAUACUGCUUUUUACCAGUCUUUGGUGCUGACUGUCCUCUGCCAGAGUAGUCCCUGUAUGCAACUGGAUUGAAACCAGACUUUCAUAGUUCUCCUGGAUUUCUUCAAAAGCUUUCUGUGCUUGGGUGGUGGGUGCUGGUUCGUCUUGGUUGUUCGAUUCUAACCAUGACAGUUUUUUCACUAAUUUUGUGGUAUCGCCAUCAGGAUGUUAGGAAGUCUUUUUGCUCCUGUCUUUCCUCAUUUAAAAUGAAGGACCAAAUUUCUUUCUUCCCAUAUAUAUUUUUUCCCCUCCUAUUUCUCUCCUUUCCCCUCCUAUUUCUCUCCUUUCUUCAGUAAAGAACUCUGGUGAAUACAUCUGAGAAAACUGAUAGCAUUUGCUGUUUGAACAGUUGUUGUUAACCUGUUUUUUAACAUCUCAUCGUAUAUAUUAGCAUAACACAUCUUCUGACAAGACAAUAAGUAUGUUGUAUGUUUAUCUUGUGCUGUGUUUGAGAAGUCUUUUGUGGGAUAUGCAUAAAUGCAUUUGUACGUGCGUGAUUAUCAAUGCCAUAUGUUGAAGGUACCAUAUUCCUCCAAGGAUAUAGAUGCUAACAGUCAGUUGGUGGAUCUGGCGUGCUUAGAAAAGUCAAGCAUUGCGAUGCACUGGGGUUUCAUGUUAGUUUUAUUUUGUAUAUUACAUAUAACCUAUUAUGGAAAUGUAUUCAAAAGGUUGUCUGGAUCUUUUUCAAUAGGCUUUGGAUCCUCUGAAUGUGCUGCAAGCAUUCUGUUGCUGGCAUGACUAAAUGUAUCAGACAACAGUGGCAGUCAGGUUUUUUUAUCUACACUUUUAAUGAUGUGAUUGUAUUGCAAUUUAUGCAUGUAGUGUCUUGUGCUACGUCAGGGGAGAAAAAGUUUUAUCAGUAUGCAUUUGGAAUGCGUAUUGUCUUCAGUGGUGUCUGGAAUUUCAUUCAGGUCAGCUUUACAAAUAUAUCAGUGCAGCUCAAUUAGCUUUGCUAGGUUAAAUAAUGGAAAUUACCCCAGAUAUUGGUAUAAUGAAAAUUCCAGUAAACACUGAAUACAGAUGUAAACAAAGGAGAAAUAAGCAGAACAUCUGAGAUAUUGACUGCACAGACAUCAUGGUUCUCUAAGGGGAGAGGUGUACCUGAAGGGGAAAAAAGGAAAAGAAGAACUGAGCUGACCUAUGUGAUGUCUUUCCAUAGCUUUUUUUCAUAGUAUUUUUCCAUCUCUGAAGCUGCCAAUCAUACUCUGAGUUAAAAUUUAAGCUUGUGGCGUAUCUUUUAAAGGACAGUAUUUUUAAAUGGCUAUCUCUACGUUUCUGAUACAAAUCCAAUCAACUUUGUAUUUCUCAUUCUCUAACAGUUUAUAAUCCCUUACAGCUUCAAGAGGACUCAAAAGCACAAUUAUCCAGUAACAUAAGAAGUUGAAACUCUGUUUAAAUUAUUGGGCAUGUAAGAUCUUUUAUAGUCUAUCAAAGCUUUGUGACUUGGAAAGCUCCUAGUGCCCUUUUUUGUAUUUCCUGUGCUUAGACUGACUACAGGUGGGAAAAAAUUCUGUUGUCAUUUAUGUACCUCUGCAACAACAUUAUUAAUGGAAAUAUGGUGUCUAAGCAUUAGAUCAUUUAGUCUACUUCAAUAAACCAUCUUAUUUUUUGUGGCCA